CUCACCGGGAUACGUAUAUCGAGGAUGCAUGCGAUGCCGAAUUGCCGUUGACAAAUACUCGCCGAAUGGGUGAGACGGAUCACAAGCCAGAGAGAUAUAGGGGUCUACAAUAUCAUCAACACAUCUCUCAAGAGAAAGGUCGCGAAAACUUCUUCACACGACCGUCGAGCGUACACCGCAAUCGAUCUAAUCAUGGUAGCGUGGCUCGAUUCUCCCAUUACGCUGCACUCCUCUCGGAAGUAUAUGUGCAUGCUCAAUAACACAGAGCAAUGUACAUAUCAGCAAGGCUACUGGCGUUUCUGGUACGAAGCCGAUCACCGCUACGGGUUGCCGACCAUCGCCUUCUUUCUCACUGCCAUUAUCCUUUUCUCCUUCGCACACUUCCUGUCAUCCACGUUGCCAACUAGGAGUGGGGACAAGAUAACCAUCUGGCGACGCGUAGCAGCGAGCUUCAGAUAUCUGUCCUAUCGAGGGUACCGUUUGAAAAUCUUAGGAUGGAACUCACCUCCAUUGGGGCUCCUACUGCUGGCAGCCACCGGAACCAUCUAUUUUUUCUGCAUGACCCUCGCUCCAAAGCCUUACUACUGGCCCAACACGAGGACCUUGAGCUAUGGCGACUCACCACCGAUAGCGACCAGAGCCGGGUGGAUGUCAUUGGCUUGCAUGCCCUUUGUCUUGUAUGGCACACCCGACCUAUUCUUUCUGAGGGUCUGUAGUCAUAUUGACAUGAAUCAGUGCAACCGCCGCAAAGGCCAAUAUGAUCACCCUCGUGACGGGUGUCUCGCAUGAGAAACUUCAGGUAUUCCACCGUUGGAUCUCUUAUGCCAUGUACAUCCUAGCGCUCAUACACACCUUCCCAUUCAUCGUCAACGACAUUUGGUCGCAUGACAUGAUCAAUCAGUGGGACACCAGUGUGGUGUAUUGGACUGGCGUCGUGGCCUUGCUCGCCCAGACCUGGUUGACAUUCGGGUCCAUGAGUCCAAUUCGGAAAAUGUGGUAUGAAGCGUUCAAAGUGAUGCACUUCAUCGCGGUCGUGACCUUUGUGGUUUUCUUUUUCUUCCAUUGCGACCACACGCUGACUUCUUGGGACUAUUUCAUUGCCACCGGAGUCUUGUACGUCGUCUGCGUUUUGUAUUCGCAGAUCCGGACUUUUGCCCGACACGGGUUCGGCCAACGGGCAAACAUCUCCCUGGCCGCCAACGGUCUGAUCCAAGUCUCGGUGCCGGUCGCUUUUGACUGGGUUCCGGGUCAACACUGCUUUCUUCGUUUCCGGUCGAUGGGUCUACACGGUGUCACCCUCCACCCAUUCACAAUCUGUUCAUUGCCUCACUCGCCCGCCAAGAAGGUUGGCGGAGAAGGGUCGUCCUCCUCCAGGACGGUCGACUUUUACAUCCGGCCCUCGGGCGGGUUCACCGGUCGACUCGCCAAGCACGCCGCCGGAGGCACGUCGGAGCCGGUCCUGCUCUACGGCCCGUACGGGGGCGUCAACAUGCAGAGGCUGUUGGAGUGCCACCGUCUCGUCGUCAUCGCGGGCGGCUCUGGAGCCGGCUGGACGCUCCCCUUUGUCGAGUUGCAAAUCAGACACGUCCAGCGCGUCCUCCGGGCGGAGGAGAACGCCCAGGUCGCUCCCUCUCUCAGGCUCGUCCUCGCGACCCGCGACCGCGCCACGUGCAAGUGGUACCUGGGUAAGAUCCAAGAACUGCUCGGCGCAUACAACACCGCACUCGCCGCCGUCAAGUCCAGCGUGGAGAUAUACUUUACCGGAGAAGGAGGCAAAGAAGAACUAUUAGAGUCGUCGUCAUCUCCCACACAGCCCUCCAAAGGCCAAUUCACGUCCAAGCUCGAUGAAAAGGAUAUGGAAAAGGUGCUGCCACCAGAGGGAUCCAUGUCAGACUCUAUCGACGACCUCGACGCCCUUGGAGUAGAAACACACAUGGGUCGUCCAGACCUCAACAAUAUUGUGGCAAAGGAAGGGUCUAGAGAAUGGAGUCAGAACCUUGGGGUGUUCGUCUGCGGUCCACUCGAGAUGCAAAAUGACGUUCGCAACGCCGUCGCCGACCAACAGUUGGAUAUCAUCAAAGGUUCCGUGAAGGACGUCUAUCUACACUUGGAACAUUUUGACUGGGCUUGACAUUUGACCGUCGUCACCUUUCACAAAGGAUCUAAAUUAAAACAGGUCUGGCCCGUAGAGAGAAUAGCCUAUCUUUUUGAUCUGUGGUUCGGUUUCUGAAACCGAUGAUGAUAAUGAAAACCAAAAUCGGCCAGUGAAGCAUCCACUCCAAUACCUGGACCCGACGCCAAUGCACCAUCUUCUUCUUUCUUUUGUCUUUUGACAAGGGAGUCAAAGAAUCUGGAUCACCAGUUUUUCCCAUGUAGUAUCUAU